AUGGAAUUUACUCUCCCAAACCUCGACUAUCCGUACGACGCGCUUGAGCCUUUUAUUGACGAGGAGACAAUGAGGACUCAUCACACCAAGCACCACCAGGGAUACAUCAACAACCUUGAAAGGACACUCAGGAACAACGGAAUCAAGGACAAAAACCUUACCUUCUGUGUGACAAAGGGACGAAGAAUCGGCGGAAUCAAAAGCAGCGUGAAAAGGGACAUAGCCAAUUUCUCUGGAGGACAUUACAACCACAGCCUGUUCUGGAAGAUGAUGUGCCCCCCAGGAACCAGCGAGCCUAUAAGUCCAAAGCUGUCCGAGUAUAUUGAGAAGUCCUUCGGGUCGCAGGAAAAGAUGAUUGAGGAGUUCAAUGAUGCGGCAACGUCUCUGUUUGGAUCUGGAUGGGUAUGGCUGUGCUACAGACAGAGCGAAGGGAUUCUUGUAAUAAGAAAGACCCAUAACCAAGAUGCCAUAUGCAUGAAGACCUCGAGCACAAUUCCAAUUCUUGGGCUGGAUGUGUGGGAGCAUGCAUACUACCUUAAGUACAAGAGUGCAAGGGCUGAAUACAUAGCAAACUGGUGGAAGGUUGUAAACUGGGGAACAGUCAGCAAGAUAUUUGAGGAAGUAGCUCUUGAAAACAAGAAGCUCCAUGUUACGUCCGAUGGAUCCAUUAAAUUCGAUUGA